GAGAGUCACACACAGAGUGAGGAGAAGGCCAGAAUACCCAGACAAUCCACCCAAAACCUGAGCGAGAAGGAGGGUAAAACUGCCAAGAUGUACCGUCGAGAUGAGAGAACAGCUUCACACCAGAAAAAACAAGAAGAAAACCUCUGCUCUGCUUUAGAGGAAGUUACUGGGGAGACAUACAAUCCAGCUGUGGAUAAAACUGAUGGCACUGUUUCAAUGGGUGAGGCCACCACGGAAUACAAGAAGGAGGGUUCUGUAAAAGUUGGCAAGGGUGGGACUAAUAUGGGAACUACUGAUGACGUCACUCAAGAGCGAGGAAGAAAGAAGUUGCCUGUUCAGGAAGACCAGGAAAUGAAAAUGAAAAAUGGAACCUCAGAGGCAGUUGAAGAUGAAGACACCAAGUGCACUGAUGGAGCUGUAGGCGGUUUGAGAGAACUAAAAGGUCCCUAUAAGACUAAACGUCAAUCAUCAUUGAAAAAGACCAAAGGGGAAAUGUGUCUGUCAGUUGUGGGUGGGAACUUGAACCAUGACCAUCCAACAGUGGGACAGGUAAAGCCACAUGAAGAUGAAAACAAAGGUGACAUUGAGAAAGAGAAUAAAGUGUCAGAGGCAGCAAGGUGUGACAUCAAGCCUGGCCGGAAUGACAAUCACAAACAAAGUGAGCUGGAAGGGACAGGAUCCCCUACAACUGACCCUCCCAUUCAAGGGGACGAAGAAGACUUGCCCAUUGUGCCUACAGUAGGGCCAAGCUCUAUUUUGGAGAAGCUACUGAAAAGAAACAAAAGUGAGGCGUCUCCAGAUCUCUCCAAAGUUAGAAAGGUGGUGUCAAGGGACCAGUCUGAUGAUCAUGACCAGCUGAAAACCGCUGAGACAAAGCCUCAUCCACAGGGUGUUGCGACAGGGGCCAUACCAACACCAAUAUCAGCCGUGAAGGAAACUAAACCAAAACCUGCCGUAAUGAAAACAUCAAAAUCAUCCGCUGAUAUUGCAAAGACAGCUCCAUCAGAUAAAAAUAUCCCUGGAUUACAGUGCGAUAUUGAGGAGGAAACCAUAAUGUCAUCAUCCUCUGUAUGUACAACAGAGAGACCCCCUAGAGUGGAAGUUAACACUAAGCCCUGCCAUGAGGAGGAUCAUCCACAAAGUCUGACAAAGAGUGAGCAGGCAGGAAAAACUGCUCAGGACUCCACAGAUAUAAUCUGUCUACCAGCUUCACCUCUAGUGACUGGAUCUGUCACAGAGAGAGAAGCGAGGACAUCCUCACCAAUGGAUGAGGCUGACUGUAAAGGUUCAGAGCAGGACUCAGCAACAACAGUUGCCUCACCCCAAAACGAGGGGAAGACGAUGGGAAAUACACUCCCAGCUGAAACCCAGUCACCAGAGCGCUCACAGAGUCUACCUGUUGAGGGCAGGCCAUCCUCUAGGAGUGAUGUCAUUGUCAUCCCAGAAAAACCUGCAUCUUCCUCAGUGUCUGAGGUCAUCACUGAGUCUAUGGAGUCUAUGUCCUGCAACAAAGAGGAUGAUCAAACCACAGAGCCCCUGCCUUUGCACAACAUAGAUGAAUCACCCAGCACUAUCACUGUCACUGAGAUUCCUCCACCACAACCAGAAAAUACCACUGUGGGGAAGACAACACCUAGCCUAUGCACCUCAGAGGCCUUGCAUGAUGAUUCUCUGGAGGAGGCGAAGACCAUGAAGGACCCUCCUCAAAUAACAGACAUCCCAGUUGUAGUGAUAGAGGCUACCCUGGCCUCGGUAGGAACUGGGAUGGCUCGAUCAGAAGAAAGCCAAGAGAGUAUGGAUAAUCAGAACAAAGAUGAGAAGCUUCAGUCUCAAAAUGAGACUUUAAAAACAGAACCUGUGUCACAGCAAGUCACAGAGAGCACCACUGCAGUACACCGUGAUGAAAAGUCUACCCAGGACAAGGACGAAACUGCCUCCGAGAGUGACAAACACCAGGAUACUCUUAAAUCGAGGCCUGUUUCUGAACUCAUAAAGGAGAACAUUCUACUACAAGAAAAGCUGAAGCAUCCGGAUUUGACAAAGCCAUUGGAAGCAAAGCCUGAUUGGGUUUCGGAGCAAGCCCAGUCUGUGAAGGUGGCUCAAAUGUUGGCGGCUUUUGACUUCCCCAAGAAAUCCCCAGAGAAGGCACUAGAGAGGAAACCAUCUGUGAGAAAAGAUAUGUUCAGGCGAGUUGUGCGAGCGAGCAAAUUCCGUCAUGUAUUUGGCCAGGCGGUGAAGAAUGACCAGUGUUACGACGACAUCAGAGUGUCUCGGGUCACAUGGGACAGCUCGUUCUGCGCCGUCAAUCCCAAGUUUGUCGCCAUCAUCAUAGAGGCCAGCGGAGGCGGGGCCUUCCUGGUCCUCCCUCUUCACAAGUCGGGCCGCAUUGACAAGGCCUACCCCACAGUGUGUGGUCACACGGGCCCUGUGCUGGACAUCGACUGGUGCCCCCACAAUGACCAGGUCAUCGCCAGCGGCUCGGAGGAUUGCACGGUCAUGGUGUGGCAGAUCCCUGAGAACGGGCUGGUUACCGGCAUGUCUGAGCCCGUGGUGGUCCUGGAGGGACACUCCAAAAGGGUUGGCAUCAUCACAUGGCACCCCACGGCACGCAACGUCUUGCUCAGUGCUGGCUGUGACAACCUGAUCAUCAUCUGGAACGUGGGGACGGGCGAGGCCAUGAUCCAGCUGGAGGAUAUGCACCCUGACGUCAUCUUCAGCGCUUGCUGGAACCGCAACGGCAGCCUCAUCUGCACCGCCUGCAAGGACAAGACCAUCCGCGUCAUCGACCCCCGCAAGGAAGAGAUUGUAGGGGAGAAGGAAAAGGCACACGAGGGGGCACGGCCCAUGAGGGCCAUCUUCCUGUCGGACGGGAAUGUGUUCACCACAGGCUUCAGCCGCAUGAGUGAGAGACAGCUAGCCCUAUGGAAUCCGCAAGCCAUGGAUGAGGCAAUCUCAGUGCAUGAAAUGGACACCAGCAAUGGAGUCCUCUUGCCCUUCUAUGACCCAGACACCAAUGUGGUUUACCUGUGUGGUAAGGGUGACAGCAGCAUCCGCUACUUUGAGAUCACGGACGAGGCCCCAUUUGUCCACUACCUCAACACCUUCACCACCAAGGAGCCCCAGAGGGGAAUGGGAUAUAUGCCCAAGAGAGGCCUGGAUGUCAACAAGUGUGAGAUCGCCAGGUUUUAUAAACUGCACGAAAGGAAGUGUGAACCUAUCAUCAUGACUGUGCCAAGAAAGUCUGACCUGUUCCAGGACGACCUGUACCCAGACACGGCAGGACCAGACUGUGCCAUUGAGGCGGAGGAUUGGUUCGAGGGGAAGAACGGCGAGCCCAUCCUCAUUUCCCUGAAGAACGGCUACGUCCCUGGCAAGAACCGCGACCUCAAGGUGGUCAAGAAGAACAUUCUGGACAACAAGCUGAGCAAGAAUGCGGAGAACACAAGCCCAGCCAACAAGUCUGCCUCAUCCACUCCAUCCAUAAAAAACGAAGCCAAGCUGGAAGAGGUCUUGAAAGAAAUCAAAUCCCUCAAGGACUUGGUCAGCAGUCAGGAGAAGCGAAUCAUCCAACUCGAGGAGCAGAUGUCCAAGAUCGCCAUUUAAGGAUCCUCCCCCCACCCUGCCACAAUUCAGGACGAACCAUUGGCUGGGAGGUGGGCGGGACCAGUCACUGGCAAUCUAGAUGACAGAGUUCCGCCUGAAACCUGCCUAGUAACGAUCCCAAGCAACAUUCCGAGAUGAACUUUUUUCUUAGCCAGCCCUAACCCUCAGUUAACACAGAUGAAAUAUGGCAAACCAUUCCAUUCCUUUUAAUAAGUGGCAGUUUAGUUUUGUUUGUUGUAUGAAAAAAUCUUACAUAUUCCUUUUUAAGAUUGUGACCAAGAAAAUUCCAAUGUGAACAGUUCCUAUUUGGGUAAACCCAAAUGUUUUAUAUGUAGGUAUCAGUAUUUUCUCUCCCCCAUACCCCAACUUCUUAUCUUGCCAAAUUUUAAAGGAGUUUUGUUUAUACACCUCCUUGACAGUAUUUUUUUCUUUCGUUUUCUUAGUUUUUCCCGGGAAGAUUCAAAAUGCGAACUAUAUGGGACAAUGCAAUAGGCUGGUAAUACAAGGAGAGGGGGGGGAAGAUUUCAAUAAUCAAUCAAAUACUGUAAAAUACAUCAAUGAGAAACUUGACUGAUUGACCACCAAACACUCAGAGAAAUUGAUCCUGAUGUAUCGUAGAGCUUUUAGAUAUCAAAGACAACAGAAGUACUGAGGUAUGAUUCAUGCUGUAAGUGUUAUGUGAAGGUUCUCAUUCUCUUUUUUCUGAAACUCAGAUCUCUCCUCCCCUCUUAGUGGACUACAUCAUAAUGGGACCACUGUCUGGACACUUGCUAACAUCUCCUGACCAGAGUUAAUGCUUAAAAUAGAUAUUCUACUCGAGGUUCAUUCUCUAUCUUUGAUCUCUAACUCUAGCUUGUCUUACUAAGCAAGCAGCAAACAAAGUCCUUUCAUAAAGUUUGAUACCUUCUAUAACUUAUGUAUGCAUCUAUCACAGUAAACGACUUGAACAAUG